UACUGGUAGCACAAUCAGCUGACGCCUUCCAAUGUUUUUCCUCUCCUUUCUUGAUACAUGUAAGCGAGGCAGCUCCUGGUUCCAGUUGUUGCAGGUCAUCUUCAAAAUGGCGGGGAAAGGCAAGGGUGGAAAACUAAUGGCAGUUAUUGGAGAUCAGGAUACCUGCACUGGAUUCCUGUUGGGGGGAAUCGGAGAAGUGAAUUCUAAAAGGCAAAAGAACUUUUUUGUUGUGUCUAAAGAAACUACCAUUCAUGAAAUUGAGGAAACAUUUAAUGCAUUCACAAGCAGGUCUGAUAUUGCCAUUAUUCUCAUUACACAAAAGAUUGCUGAAGAAAUCCGACAUGUCUUAGAUGCUCAUGAUAAAGCUAUCCCUGCUAUUCUUGAGAUUCCGUCUAAAGAUUAUCCAUAUGACUCAUCAAAGGAUUCCAUUUUGAAGAGAGCCAAGGGUAUGUUUUCGGCGGAGGACUUCCGAUAAACAAGAAACUCCAAAAUCAAACCAAUUAUAAUUUAUUCUAUAGCCUUGAAAUAAAUGUGAAUUUUUCUUUUUUAUCAUUUAAUUAAUGCAUAUUGCUUAGAAAUUUGUUGUCUUGGAUAUUUUGAUUCGACAAAA